GUCGGGAUAAUCGAUGAUGACAUAUUCGAAGAGGACGAACACUUCUUCGUGCGCCUGCUGAAUCUGCGUGUUGGCGACGCCGAGGGGAUGUUUGAGAGCGACGAAGUGGGCGCUGCCCCCAAAGCUCGCUUGGUUGAGCCCCUGGUCGCCACGGUGACCAUCCUGGACGACGACCACGCUGGCAUCUUCACGUUCAGCGAGCGCAUGGUGCGGACGAGCGAGAGCGUGGGCACCAUGGAGGUGACGGUGGCUCGCAACUCGGGCGCCCGGGGCACCGUCAUCCUGCCGUACCACACCGAGUCAGGGACCGCCAAGGCUGGAGAAGACUUCGAGGACGCCAGAGGAGAGCUGGAGUUCACCAACGACCAAACCACUCAGACGCUCCAGUUGAGGAUCAUUGAUGACGAGGAAUAUGAAAAACACGAAAACUUCUUCAUUGUGUUGGAGGACCCGCGCUGGUUAAAGAGAGGGAUUUCAG